AUGGCACAACAAGAUUCAGGAUCAGUGGGUUCUCCGGGUGGUGUCACAGGGACUCCUGAUAGACUUCACUCAGACACCACCCCACCGAUUUUUCGUAUCCAGACUGCCGGCCAAAGACUCAGACAGAAACAAAUUCCUCUCCGUCAUACAAGACCUCGCCUUAGCGGGAACCAUACAACCCGUUCUCCAAAGGCCAAAGGAAGAGGCUACUAUUCCAACCUCUUCAUGGUUCCCAAGAAAGACGGUUCCCUCAGACCCGUUCUUAGACCUCAAGGAUCUCAAUCCCUUCGUCAGAAAUGCCAUUUCAAAAUGGAAUCGAUUCAGUCGGUUCUAUCAUCCAUGGAAGAAAACGAGUUCAUGACUGUCAUAGACAUCAAGGACGCAUAUCUUCACAUACCGAUCCACCCAGCGCAUCAUGGCUUCCUCAGAUUCUACGUGAAUGGGCAGCAUUGGCAGUUCGUAGCCCUUCCAUUCGGUCUGUCAUCAGCUCCACGCACGUUUACGAAGGUCACGGCGGCAGCAUUGGAGGACCUAAGACUAACGGCAUAUCGGUUAUCCCCUAUUUGGACGACCCUUGGUCAAGGGUCCAUCCGCACCAGUAACCCUCCUUCACACAUCCCACGUCCUACAGAGCCUAACCACACUGGGCUGGACGAUCAACUUCACCAAGUCGAAACUUCACCCAACUCAGUCAAUAGAGUACCUGGGUCUCAUCCUAGACUCCAGACAAGGGAAAGCCUUCCUGCCACGAGACAAGGCCGAGAUCCUUCAGAACCGAAUUCGAUCUCUCCUGGGACCCCACCGCAUUCCCCUUCGAGCAGCCAUGCAGACUCUGGGCACGAUGGUUGCCUCCUUCCCGGCGAUUCCGUAUGCACAAGCCCACACCAGAUCUCUUCAACACACCAUCCUUCUACACCAACGCAGAGAUCGAACCAACCUCGAUCGCCUGAUUGCCAUCCCGAACCCAGUGCAGAUCUCUCUUCAAUGGUGGCUUCACCCACAUCGGACAUCUCGGGGAAAACUAUUUCCACCCCAUCACUGGACGGUCCUAACCACAGAUGCCAGUCUACGCGGGUGGGGCGGAGUCGUAGGCCAAACCACUGUACAGGGCCUCUGGACUCCGGAAGAAACGAGACUGCCCAUCAACCGCCUGGAGCUCAGAGCGAUACGCUACUCCCUCGAACGCACGGAGCCGUUGCUCCGGGGACUACCGGUGCGGAUACAGUCCGACAACGUGACGGCCGUAGCCUACAUAAAUCAUCAGGGCGGAACCAGAAGUCUCAAUGCCCUCAAGGAAGCUCAGGUGAUCCUAAGGUGGGCAGAAGACAAUGUUCCAGCGUUAUCCGCGGUCCACAUUCCCGGCGUGGACAAUUGGAUAGCCGACUAUCUGAGCAGGGAAACCAUCGAUCAAGGGGAAUGGAGCCUCCACCACGAUGUGUUCCGCCUACUAGUGGACAAGUGGGGGCUACCAGAGAUCGACCUCAUGGCUUCCAGGACCAACAGACAGGUCCAGCAGUUCGUCUCAAGAAGCCUGGAUCCCCUGGCCCACGCAGUGGACGCCCUCGUGAUUCCCUGGCGCUUCUCCAGGGUUUACGUCUUCCCCCCUCUCACUCUCCUGCCAAAGGUCGUCAAGAAAAUAAAGAGAGAAGGAACUCCGACCAUUCUGGUGGCUCCAUUCUGGCCCAGGAGGUCAUGGUUCACGGACAUUGUGAACAUGGCGGCGGACGAACCCUUCCAUCUACCGCAGCGGACAGACCUACUCACCCAGGGUCCGGUUGUCCACCCGAAUUCUCAUCUCUGGGCUUUAACGGCGUGGCUCUUGAAGCUUUGAUUCUACGGAAGUCAGGAGCUCCUGCGGAGGCGAUUCCCACCAUGCUUCGCGCACGUAAGCCCGUCUCGGCUAAGAUAUACCACAGGGUGUGGAAGACCUUCAUAUCGUGGUGCGAACAAAGAGAUCUUAACCCCCAGAAGGCGGGUGACCGGGAGACCCUCUCCUUUUUACAAGACGGCCUUGCUAAAGGUUUGGCGCUGAGUUCUCUGAAGGUGCAGGUGUCGGCUCUGUCCAUUCUCCUUCGGAAGAAGCUGGCCAUGCAUCCCAACAUACAAACCUUCCUACAGGGAGCAACUCGUCUCAUACCACCAUAUUGUUGCCCAAUACCUCCUUGGGACCUCAAUCUGGUUCUUUCCGCCCUCCAGGAGGACCCAUUCGAACCACUGGAUCAGGUCCCUCUAUCUACGCUAACCGAAAAGGUUGUAUUCCUUUUGGCCAUCACCUCAGCUAGGAGGGUUUCCGACCUUGCGGCAUUGUCAUGCAGAUCGCCUUUCACUGUACUGCACAUGGACAAGGUUGUUCUCAGACCCACUGCAGACUUUCUACCUAAAGUAGUAUCGGAUUUCCACCUCAACCAGGACAUUGUUGUUCCUUCAUUAUGUCCAAACCCUAAAGGUCCCAUCGAGAACAAACUCCACACACUUGACGUGGUCAGGGCUAUCUCCUGUUAUCUCAAGGCCACAGAAGGCGUCAGAAGAUCGGAUGCUCUUUUCAUUAUACCUAACGGCCCCAAACGUGGUACCAAGGCCGCCAAGUCCACGUUGUCCAAAUGGAUUCGAUCCAUAAUUUCUAGAGCUUACGCUGUCAAGGGGAAAGAUCCUCCGAUCCACGUGAGAGCACACUCUACACGUUCUGUCAGCACUUCCUGGGCUUUCCGACACAAUGCUUCUGCGGAUCAAAUCUGUAAAGCGGCCACAUGGGCAUCUCUUCAUACCUUCACUCGCUUCUACAGGCUCCACACACACGCUUCAGCCGACGCUGCCUUUGGGAGGAAGGUGCUAAGCGCUGUUAUUAGCUAGCUACCUCACAUACAGUGUCCCGCCCUUGAGGGGUGCUUUGGGACAUCCCCAUGGUGCCUGUGUCCCCCAAUUUAGGCAAGAGAGAGAGAGAUUUUUGUACUUACCGUUAAAUCUUUUUCUCUUGUCCUAUAUUGGGGGACACAGGCCUUCCCUCCCGAUACUGCCACUGUUUUCACAAUAUGUUUGUGAUGUUGUUUUAUGGCUAGUUAUUAGUUUCUUUUGAUCAAUGUUUUUUCUAGUUGUACUCGGGUGUUGUUGCUGUAUUUCUCUUCUGUUUUUGGGCUAUUCUGCUCCUUCUUCGGUUGAAACUGAGGGUAAUAGGAGGAGGCAGGGGAUGAAGCCCAGAGCAGGAGGAGGAGUCAUUUUUUGCAACAUAGUGUCCAUCUCCAGCUGCAGGAUCUUCAUCCCCAUGGUGCCUGUGUCCCCCAAUAUAGGACAAGAGAAAAAGAUUUAACGGGGGUACAUUUGUACAGGCCUAAAGGGGGACCCGGCUGUGAUGCACAUUUCAAAUUAGCCGGGCCCCCCUUGACAGCGCUGAACC